UUAAAAGUCAUUAAUGAGUGUCUGAAACUACAAUGGCAAAGAUGGUUUCUUUUAGUGUGGUGAUGGCCGUGGUGAUGAUCUUGUUCGGAGGAGUCCAACACACUCUUUCUCAGAGUACUUGCACCUAUACCAUCAAGAUCAGAACAGGAACUACAGGCACGGAUGAAAGGGUGGAUCUCCGCUUGUUUUCUUCAGAUGAAUCUGUCUUGGAUUUCUCUGAUCUCGAUGGUCCAGGGGAUGACUUUGAGAGUAACCAAGUCAAUACCUUCACAUUCACAGGGCGUGAAUGUCAUGUCAUAUGUGCUGCUAAGCUUACUCUCGCCCGCAUUAGCAUUGCUAAUGCAGGCAUCUGGUCAUUUGAGACAAUAAGCGUCACCGUGAGUAAUACUUCUCAAACCAAGUUUUUUGCCGCAGGGGAACCAAUACGAGGUGGAACGAGUCGUGUCGUUGGCCCCUGUACCUGAAUACUACUCAAACUGCGUGUAGCACUUCACGUGACAGGGUUGGAUAACCAGAGUCACAAAUAAGUUGCAUAAUAAGAAAUUAUAUUUGUGUUUGUUAUCACUUAAAUCCUGCACUCUCUUGUCCAUCAA